AUGGAUUCUAUUGUAUUAAAUCUAGAGAAACAACUUGAUAAUAAAAUUGGACUAAGCCAAUCUGUUAGUAAUAAAUCUGAUACACAAAAAUAUGAAAACCCAAAAGAAUGUGAAGACUCGCAUGACUCUGAACCUGAAAGCCUAUUAAGAUCUGAACCUGAAAGUUUAUUAGGAUCUGAACCUGAAAACCCAUUAGGAUUUAAACUCGAAAGCCCAUUAGAACCUGAACCUGAAAGCCCAUUAGAGCCUGAAAUUUUAAAUACUGAAAAUGUAAUAGAAUCUGAAAUUUUAAUUUUUCAAAAUGGCCAAGCUUACCCUUCUCUCGAAGCCUUUAAGUGUGUUGCCAACCACUAUGCACUCACAAGUGGGUUCAAUGUUAUUUACAAUAAAGGCAACAAUCGUAGUAAUGGUAUACGUCGCACCCAAGUUUUCAUAUGUGAUCGUUAUGGUCAAUUCAAACCCAAAAAUAAAAACCCAAACAAAGCAAGCAGAAAUGUUGAAUCAAAAAAGUGUGGUUGCGAGUGGUUCAUCCGUUUCAAUUAUAAUCAAGAUGAGGAUAAAUACUAUGUUUCUUAUGCCAAACUCAGCCACAACCAUUCACUAAUUCCGGUUCAACUUAUGCGUUUCUCAUCUAAUAAUCGUGAAAUACCAGUUGCUAUUAAGGAAGAAAUAUUGCUCUUAAAAAGAGCUGGCAUUUCAACAUCCCAAAUUCAAUCACUGCUUAUGACAAAAUAUAGGCCAAUUGCAAAGAACUGGGUGCAUAAUUUUUUCCUUCUUCUCCAACAAAAACGCAGGAAUGAUCCUGAGUUUUCUUUUGAAUUUGAGUUAGACCAACAUAACUGGUUAAAACAUUGUGAUUAUUUUUCAAUGCCAUUUGGUAUAUUCACAGGUGUUACAAAUCAUGGACUUUCUUACUGUGCUACUGGUACUCUGCUUCAUGACGAAACCUGUUUAAGUUUUGAGUAG